UAAAUAAUAAGGGAACUUUCUUAAAAUUUUACUUAAUUGUCUUUUAUUUUUUAUCAAUUAAAAUGUCUUUAAAACGUUCUAGUAGCAAUAUGGUGGCGGUCCAGGAGCUAAAAAGAGCAAAGACUGACCUUAUGGGAUAUACCAAUCGAGAUAAGGCUUUAAUGGAAUCUGGAGUGCGUCGGACAUCUAAUUUGAUGGCACCAAUUUUGUUAUUGGAAGGACACCAGGGCGAAAUUUAUACGACAGAAUUUCAUCCGAAAGGUGAAAUGUUACUUUCUUCUGGCUAUGACCGUCAAAUAUUUAUAUGGAACGUGUACGGAGAGUCCGAAAAUAUAAUGGUUAUGUCUGGCCAUACCGGAGCAAUUCUGGAAGCUCAUUUUAAUACUGAUGGCUCGCAAAUUUUUACUUGCUCUACAGAUAAAACUUUAGCAAUGUGGGACAUAGUGACAAGUCAACGUAUACGCCGUUUAAAAGGUCAUAGCAAUUUUGUAAAUACGGUGCAUGGGACUCGACGUGGCAUGCAAAUGUUGUGUUCUGGGGCAGAUGAUCGUACUGUACGUUUAUGGGACACGCGCAAAAAAUUGUCUGUAAACACUUUAGAGGCAUCUUAUCAGGUGACCUCAGUCACUUUUAAUGAUAUAGGCGAUCAAAUUAUAUCAGGCGGUAUAGACAAUAGCAUCAAAGUAUGGGAUAUUCGCAAACAGGAAAUUUUACAUCAUUUGAAAGGCCACGCAGACACGAUAACUGGUAUUAGUUUAUCACCCGAUGGUUCUUACAUACUUAGCAAUUCUAUGGAUAACACCUGCCGAAUAUGGGAUAUAAGGCCUUAUGUGCCAGGCGAGCGUUGCGUCAAAAUUUUCCAAGGACAUCAACAUAAUUUCGAAAAGAAUCUAUUACGGUGUGCGUGGUCACCUGACGGAAGCAAGAUCUCUUCUGGUUCAGCAGAUCGUUUCGUAUAUAUUUGGGAUACGACAAGUCGCAGAAUUUUAUACAAGCUGCCAGGUCACAGUGGCAGUGUCAAUGAUGUAGAUUUUAGUUCUAAAGAACCGCUAAUUCUAUCUGGUUCUAGCGAUAAGACAUUAUAUUUAGGUGAAAUUGAAGACUAAUGAUUAUUUUGUUUAUUAAAAUGGUUUCCGAAUAUGUACUUGAAAGAAUAUUGGCUUGUAAAUAAAUUUUAUAUGCCAGAAAUUAUAACAAACCAGCUAGUCAAGCAGAAACAACAACAUCAUAACAGUUAGCCUGGCCUCGACAUAAAGCUUUAACAUGAAGUCAAUGCAAAUGAAUUCUUUGGCUCUCUCUCUCUCGUUCUGCAUUCCAGCUUUAAUAUGUGUUCUUUAUUCAAAAUUUGAAAUCUUUUAUUUAAUUGUAUGAAAGAAC